CUUCAACCUCAACUGAGCUUAAACUCUCUCAGAACAAUUUCUUUGUACAACAUUUCACAAAUUCUUUCAAGACUAAUUCAGUGAGUAUGAAUCUUGAGCAAUAUUUUGAUGAGUAUUCGGUUUCAUCAUCUUCACAGUCAUCGUCAAGUGCAGAUCAAAAUUGUAGCUCAGAACCAAAUGAGACUUCAUCAUCUUCGUCGUCUACUCGGCAAUUUGUAUCAUCACAUAAGAAAACAUCUGGAAGAAAGAAAUUUAAAGAAACUAGACAUCCGAUUUACAGAGGAGUAAGGGAGAGGAAAAAUGAUAAAUGGGUUUGUGAAGUUAGAGAACCCAAUAGUAAAUCAAGAAUUUGGCUUGGAACUCAUUCAACUCCAGAGAUGGCAGCUAGAGCUUAUGAUGUUGCUGCAAUAGCUCUGCGAGGAAAAUCAGCUCCGUUAAAUUUUGAAGAUUCUCUAUGGCUCUUACCUCGUGCAAAAUCAUCAUCUGCUAAAGAUAUUCGAUUAGCAGUUGCAGAAGCCUCGCGCACAUUUCCAUUCCCUACUUGUAAAAAGUCAUCACCGGAAACAAAGAAAUCACAGAAGUCUGUUACAUCAAGAUUAUCCAAACGGCCGGCGGAAACUACCGAGAAAACCUUAGACGGUCUUUUGACAACGGAGACGUUUUUUGACGAAGAAGCGUUGUAUAAUAUGCCAACGAUGAUCGCCAGCAUGGCAGAAGGGAUGUUACUUGAUCCACCGCAAGAUGGUUACUAUUAUGAUGACGUGGAGUACAACGUGGACUGCAGCUUGUGGAGUGAAUAGUGGAUGUUACUUUUCCGUUCUUUCAGUCGUUACAUGUUCGCUUUUCAAAUGAACCACUACUGUAAUUUUGGAAGAUAUUUUUGUAGAUAAUAUCUCUUCUCAAAUCUUCAUAUU